UAAUUAAAAAAGAAAAAAAAGGAAAAAAAAAAGGAAACAAUGGUGCCAGGUUCAUGUCUUGAGGCAAAAGAAACUCCGGAUACUUAAACUGAUCGGCGGUGAGAGAUUACGAAUAACGAUCGAGUGAUAGAAGAUAUGUCAGGGAUGGAACGGCUGCAGAGGAUGUUCGCCGGUGCCGGCGGUGCGUUGGGACACCCUCCCCCAGACUCCCCCACCUUAGAUUCUUCCGAGCAGGUCUAUAUCUCUUCGCUCGCGCUCCUCAAGAUGCUCAAGCACGGUAGAGCUGGGGUUCCCAUGGAGGUUAUGGGUUUGAUGCUGGGAGAGUUUGUUGAUGAGUACACAGUUCGUGUUGUUGACGUCUUUGCGAUGCCCCAAAGUGGCACUGGUGUUAGUGUUGAAGCCGUUGAUCAUGUCUUUCAGACCAACAUGCUCGAUAUGCUUAAACAGACUGGACGGCCGGAGAUGGUUGUGGGUUGGUAUCAUUCUCAUCCAGGUUUUGGGUGUUGGCUAUCUGGUGUUGAUAUUAAUACACAACAGAGUUUUGAAGCUCUGAAUCAGAGAGCUGUGGCUGUGGUGGUGGAUCCAAUCCAGAGUGUUAAGGGGAAGGUGGUGAUUGAUGCUUUCCGUCUGAUUAACCCACAGACCAUGAUGCUUGGACAAGAACCACGACAAACAACGUCCAACCUCGGGCAUCUUAAUAAACCAUCCAUUCAAGCAUUAAUCCAUGGAUUGAACCGGCAUUAUUACUCGAUUGCGAUAAACUACAGGAAGAACGAGCUUGAGGAGAAGAUGUUGCUCAACCUUCACAAGAAGAAAUGGACUGAUGGUCUGACACUUCGUCGAUUCGACACCCAUUCAAAAACUAACGAGCAGACUGUCCAAGAAAUGCUGAAUCUGGCUAUCAAGUACAACAAAGCAGUGCAGGAGGAAGACGAGCUGACCCCCGAGAAGCUCGCAAUUGCGAACGUGGGCAGACAAGAUGCAAAGAAACACCUCGAAGAACAUGUCUCCAACUUGAUGUCGUCGAACAUCAUCCAAACAUUAGGAACAAUGCUAGACACGGUAGUGUUUUGAAGCUGCAAUUUCAAUGUCUCACUGUCAUUUCCUCCCAACUAAAAAGGUUCUCCAUUUAAACUUAAUCCAAUUAUUAGCUACACGUUCAUUAUUACCCAAUCGGGAUGUCAGGUUCUUCAAUGUCUGUUGGUUUCUAUUGUUGUAACAUUCUUCAGUUGAUAGAAACAAGGAAAAUGGUAAUAUAUGCACCUUUAUAUUCUAAGA